AAUAGCACCAAGCCCCAGCAUCCCCUUCCCCCCCCCCCGAUAUUCGCAUUCCGAAGAAAGGAAAGAAAAAAAAGUCGGUCGCCGCCAAACCCCAAGCCAUCCAGCCAACCCGUCAAUCGCGAUCAAUCACCACAACCACACCACCCCCUUUUCAUCACUUCCGAUCGUGGAUUUCAUCUCGAUAGACCGUGCUGAUUCCACUGGUCGAUUCGUUUCCCCCGAAAACGGAUGUCGCCGCGACUGAUGCUAUGACUGAGGUCGGGCCAGCCGACCGCACCAGGCUUUUGCGAUCAAAACGCAAUGAUACAAAUUCAAUUGUGACGUCGCGAAAGCGCAAGUUGAGCCAGCUCUAUGCCGUAGCGACCGAGCAUCAUGGCCUCCCUAGCGAUUUCGCAAAGUCCAACGCGGCCUCCGCCCACUCACCUCAUUUACACUUCUUGUCGAGAUCCGGUAUCUCACGGGACACCAUCAUUGAUGACCGGAGUGUGCCUACGCGACAUAAUUUCCCCUACGACAGUUUAAAACAUUUCAUUUCAAAGUCGGAGACCUUCGCCGCUCUUGCCCCAUCCGCCUCUCCUGCGCAGCCCGCUGGUCUUGAUGCUUCCUCGCGGUUCCGGAUUACACCUGCUCCUGCCGCUAGAACUUCGAAUGCGAAUGCGACUGCGACUUCACCCGCAACCCUUCGUCCUAGUCCUGCUCCCCCGUCCGGCCGUGAUGGCCCUACACCGCCCACGCAGCUGUCCUCGACCCUUGCGCCGUCCCCGAAACUUCCCAACGGCAUAUCCGCACCGCCACCGCCAUCCCGUUUCGGCGCCGCUGCCCCGACAGACACUUCUUCGCCGCGAGCUCCCCAGGAAGCCUCUGCCUCGCCAGUAGCACCCACAGCCACGCCCACACCCUCACUGAAUGUCGCGACCCCUGACCAUUCAUCCAUCGCAUCUGGAGUGAGCAAGGAUUCGGCGGAAACAAGUCUAACGGCGGGCCGGGCUUCAGUUCAGCAGCAGCGGAGUGAAAAGGGAUUCGAGCCUGCACCUGUGCGGCCUCUUGCACCUCGUGUUCUCCCUCAGGAGUCUUCGCAACCGACGACCCAGCUACAGAGCACGAAGGCAGGGACAACGCAGCCUUCUGAGACAAACACAGCCUUACACGAACCGUUCAAAGUCACCGAAGCCGUUUUCCCUUCAGGAUCCGCCACACAACCAACCGCGAUAUCUCAGGCGCGCAAUGUGUCGACAGACAUCGGUUCAGAUCACGAGCAAUCCGGGAAGCCUGGUCUCAGGAAUGGGAAUGUUGACCGACCAGUCAAAACGAACGGGGCUGCAGAUCAGCGGCCCAGGGAUGACGUGCAGAAUGGAGUUGACGGGGUGGAGGUUCAAGUGCCGGACGGUCCGGAGGCGCAAUUGCUGGAGGAGUCGGUGAGGCUCAAGAAGGCUGCAACUGAUCGGCCGGCCGAAGCGCAACCAGCCAAACUUCCGCCGAGCAUACGUGAGGGAACGACUGACUUGCCGCCUCGACCUUCAGAGUCCGAUGUUCUCAAGGCUGCCGGAGACUCUACCUCUCACUUCGUUUCUCCUACUCCCAACGGGGCGAUGACUGAGUCGAAGCCUCAGCCCGACGAUCAGGGAUUAUCUGAAGAUCGCAUGGAGGUGGAUCAACGAGAUGGAGCUCAAACGGCUGGUCAAACCAGUCCUCCGGAACCAGGAGUUAUUCCGACCCGCAAACCGAUCAAGACCAUGCCCCCCCCUCAACCAUCCCUACCUUCGACGAGGCCGGACACGACCCCAGUUGUUGAACGCGCCGUCACUCGAGUGUCCACUGGAGCUAUCCGACAGAAAUCAGUGUCGGAAAUUCUCGGAGAAACACCUCGCUCAUCACACCCCUCUCCUGACAGAUCAAUCACCGUUAAUGCACCAUCUAGCCAACUGACUCCUCUCACGUCUACUCCACAGUCUUCAACUUUCAGGCCGCGGAGCAGACCUUCACGACGGAAGGACAAAGGAAAAGGCAAGGUUUCUACUGUGGUCUUUGGUAAGUCGCAAAAGGGCUCGACUGAAAAGGCCACGGAGUCGAAGCAACAGAAGCCAGAGGGCUUCCUCCCCACCGACGACUACUUCAUCCCCCUCUUCGUCCAAGGCUUCACGCAGUCCUCGAAAUGGAUGAAGCCAAUCGAGGUUGUCCUGAAUCAAGCCCACAAGGCCGUCUCGACAGCGGAUGCCAAUAUCGCGCUCCUGGACAACCAAGCUUGCCGGGUCCUGCGACGCGUCUACAACCUCCAGCAACAAGACAAAUGGCUUCUCCGACAGCCCAAGAGGUGCCCAGAGCCGGUAAGACAGCAGUCGCACUGGGACGUGCUUCUCCAGGAAAUGAAGUGGAUGCGGACCGACUUUCGGGAAGAGAGGAAAUGGAAGAUGGCCCUGGCACGGAACCUCGCCAACGCCUGUGCAGAGUGGGUUGCUUCUAGCCCCGAAGACCGAAAGGCGCUUCAGGUGAAUGCGAUAAUACCACCAACGCCGGAAGCCGUUGCCGACGGCGACAUCACGAUGGCGGAUUCAAACCAGGAUGCACUUGCCCCCCAACCUACACCAGACCUAAUCUCGGGAGACGCCGGCACCCCCGGCCAAAUCGACGAACCGCGCGAUGACAUCUUGGACACUGUGGCGCCAUCUGCCAUCUUUGCUCUCCAGGACGACGAAAUCGUUUUCGCCAUGCGGCAUUCGCCCACAGCAGAUUCCCUGCUUGAGGAGUUGCCUAUGUAUGGAACCCCUCUAGACGUGCCCAGCUACAGCCUCGCCGGACCAAUAGUCGACCCCGACGCGCACUGGAAACGACCGGCGUUGCCGCUCAACAAGUAUGUCGAGGGCCAAAUGAAACUACUGUCAGACGGGCCUCCACGGAAGCGUAGCCGACUGGAGCAUGAGCAAGAAGAAGAUGACGACGAGGACGGCGUUGUGUUUGGAGAGCAAGGUUCCAACAGGGCUAAUCUUCUUCCGGAGAGCUCGGAAGUGGCACUCUUUGAUGUGAACAUGAAGCCGAUUCGCGAUCGUCUCCAUGCCAGCCAUCAAUUCCGACCUCCGGCUGAGUACAACAUGCCGACGCAGUCAUUCUACGAAAGCCGCCACCCAUCACAGUGGACCCCCGCAGAGGAUGAGGAGCUCCGGUCACUGGUGCGGCAACACUCAUAUAAUUGGUCCUUUAUCUCCGACAUCCUGGCACCAACCUCCCUGUUCUCUUCAGGAGCUGAGAGGCGCACGCCCUGGGAGUGCUUUGAGCGCUGGAUUAACCUGGAGGGCCUCCCGUCAGACAUGCAGAAGACACAAUACUUCAAGUCUUACCUGAACAGGAUCGAAGCUGCUCAGCGCGUAAUUAUGCAGCAUAACCAGCAGCUCGCACAGCAACAACAGCAGCAGCAGCAACAGCAGCAGCACCAACAACAGCAGUCUUCAGGAGGAGCUGUGCCUCCAGGAUCUGCGGGGCCAAAUGGCCCACCAACACCGCUGCCACGUAGGCGUCCGAGUUCCACUCCGGUGAGGGUGGAGAGGAGACGUCAGCAGAAGCAUCUUACUCUAAUCGACGCAAUGAGGAAGCUGGCCAAGAAACGCGAAGCUGCCGCCCAGAAACAGCAACAAGCUUCUCAGUCGGCGGCGAUGCGCAAGGCAAACGAAGCUGCACAACCGCAGAUUGGGCCUAGAAAGACGCCCAGCGAUUAUAGCUUGAUGCGGUGGCAACGCGACCAGGCCCUCGCCGAAUCGGUAUCACAGGCCUACCAACGCCAGGAGUUACAGCGAAAGCUGGCCUUGCAAGCACGCGCCCAGGGCCACAAGACCCAGGUGCCCGCUACUCCCGGUGGCACUCACGGGGUGCCGAAUAACGCGGCGGCUCAGCUGAACAUGGCCCGGACCAACAGCGCGAACCAGGCUGCUGCUGGACAAGCCCGGGGCCGUGUGCCUAUACAGACACCGCAAGCCGCAAUGACACCCAUCGCAAACCAGCAGCAGAUGGGUGGCCUAGUUCCUCCGAUACCGAUAAAUGGCGCUUCUGCAGCCCAGAUUCAAGCCGCCAUGCAGGCGCAGCACCAACAGCAACAGGCCCAGCAACAGGCCCAGCAACAGGCCCAGCAGCAGCAGCAGCAGCAACGGAUGCCGAUGCAAACACCUCAGGCCAAUGCUAUGUUGCAAGCGCGACGGAUAUCCGAACAACAACGGCAUGCCGUCCAGAUGCAGCAACACCAGGGCCAACAGAUGCAUCAGCAGGGUACGCCGGGGCCCCCAUCUCACUCACCACCCUUGCGGAACAACGUCAAUGGUGGUGCCGGCGUCGGGCCCUUUGAUCAUAACAUGCCCAAUGGCGUCAGCCAACACAACUUUAUGGCUAGCGCACAAGCCAUGAUGGCAUCGCUGAACGGCGCCAAUGGCACGGGCAUGUCUACCCCUCCCGCCAGCGGACUGCAUAUGCCCAAUGGACCGGCAGGCUCACCUCGCGCUUUGGGAACGCAUACUCAGAACAAUGCUAUCACCGCCCAAUUGGCUUCACUCGAAGCUCAGCUGAGGGCAAAGAACCCGCAGUUGUCCCCCGAGCAGGCUCAUCGACUGGCCCAGGAACAUGUGACGCGGUAUCUGAUGCAUCGGCAUAACAUGACUAGCAUGUCCCAAUCGGCCAUGAACGCCGCGGCAGGUGGCGGGAGCCCUGGGGUCGCAUCACCAGGCAUGACAAACGGUAUCACCGCCACACCAAGUCCUCACCAAUAUGCCGCUCUCCUCAGACAGCAGCAACAGCAGCAGCAGGCGGCCCAAGUGGCUGCCGCCGCUCAACUGGGGCAGCAAGUUCAGCCAGGGCAACAGCCAACGCCGCAACAGCAGCAUCGGUCUCCGCAACCUCGGCAGCAGACACCUACGCAGCACCUCCGCCAGCCACAGCCACAUCCGCAACAGCACCAAGCGCAGCAAGGUCAGCAGCAACGUGCAGCGUCGCAGCAAUCUUCGCCCGUCCCGCAACAGCAGCAACAACCCCAGCUCUAUCCCCAGCCUCCUCGAGCUCCGUCUCAGCCCCAACCUCAGGUCCAGCCUCAAGCUCAAGCGCAGACUUUCGUGCAAGGGCGGACACAAACUCCAGGACAAGCUCCAGGACAGGUUCAAGGAAAACCUCAAGGUCAGCCUCAAGGACAGCCUCAGGGGCAACCUCGGGGACAAUCGCAGCCACAGGCUCAGGGACAGCCUCAAUCACAGUCGCAGGGACAACCUCGGGUGCAACCACAGGGUCAGUCUCAGGGUCAGAGUCAGGGCCAGCCUCAGAUGCAACCUCAGCCGAAACCUCAACUACCACCCCAGCCACAACCCCAGGCUCAAUCGCAGGCGCAACCUCAACCGUUGCCUCAAGCUCAGGCUCCACCAUCUGCUCCCACACCGGCUCCAGCACAGGUCCCAACGCCGACCCCAACACAGGCUCCAGUGCAAACCCAGGCCCAAGCUCAAGCCCAAGCCCAAGCUCAAAAUCCAGCUCAGGCAACACCGCCUCCCCAGCGCCAAGCCAGUGGAAGCGCGACUCCUGCAGCGUAAUGCAUAUAUCUGACCUGACUGCAUCCUCCAGACGCACAUAUCAAGCUCAUCCUCCUUCACACAUCGUCCUCCGCCGUUAUACCCUGCGUCGACCUUGGGCAUUGUGUUGAAAGUCUCGGAAGGGUGCACCUCCGCCAAGUUCUUGGGCUACAUUGAUACCGAUCUUGUGGCUAGCGACAGAAGAUCAGAGGACGAAUGGGAGACGAAAAACAGAUGACUGGUGAGAGGACGGG